CAUAUAUCUCCUCAAAUCUCUCUUUUUUUGUUAUUUCUUUUUAAUUUGCUCACACUAUAACCAAAGUCUUUAUAAGUAGUGCCUAAGUGCAAUUGCCUUUUAGCAGCAAGUAAAUAGAAACUCUCUCUAUUCAUAAAAACAAAACAAAAAAAGAAAAAAAGAAAAGAAAAGAAAAACAUUCCAGCAAUGGCUACUUCCAUAAUCAGCAGCAACAAAUAUAAAUAUUUCAGCUGUGUCCCUUUAAUUGUUGUAUUGAUAGCAGUAGUGAUGAGUAGUUUACACACAGUGGAGUGUGUAGGGUUAGAUGUUGGAGGUGAAAAAGGAUGGGCCACUCCAGAGGAUGAGGAGAUGUACAAUGACUGGGCUUCCAAGAACAGGUUCAAGGUCAACGAUACCCUAAAGUUUGCGUACGAGAAGGAUUCAGUGUUGGUGGUGACGGAAGAAGAGUACGAGAAAUGCAGAUCGGCACACCCGAUAUUCUUCUCGAACAACGGGGACACCACUUUCACUCUUGACCGACCUGGAUUGUUCUACUUCAUUAGCGGUGUCUCCGGCCACUGCCAAAGGGGUCUCAAAAUGGUCGUCAAAGUUUUGGAGGUAGCAUCUCCGCCGCAGCCUGCUCCUGAUCACUCUUCUCCUGUCCCAGCUUCCGCCGCCGCCGCCCUUCCCGUGUUCUUUCCCAUGCUUGUUGGAGUCCUUUUCAUGUGAUGCUGCUUAGCUUGCUGCAUUAUAUUAUAUUUCCGGCUUUUCUUGGAUGCUUUUUUCUUUUCCCUAGCUAAUUAGAUUUUUAGACUUUGAUUUCAUGUUGAU